GCGUCAUGUGGCUGGAAAUCCUCCUCGCCUCGGCUCUGGGCCUCGUCAUCUACUGGUUCUUCUCCGGGGACAAGGAGGACACUCUGCCACUUGGAGAUGGGUGGUGGGGGCCCGGGGCCAGGCCCGCAGCCCCGGAGGAUGAGAGCAUCCGCCCUUUCAAGGUGGAAACGUCGGACGAGGAGCUCAACGAUUUGUACCGAAGGAUCGAGAAGGUCCGCUUAACCCCGCCGCUGGAGAACAGCCGCUUCCACUACGGCUUCAACUCCAGCUACCUGAAGAAGGUCCUCUCCUACUGGCGGGACGGAUUCGACUGGAGGAAGCAGGUGGCCGUUCUCAACAGAUACCCUCACUUCAAGACCAAGAUCGAAGGGCUGGACAUCCACUUCAUCCACGUGAAGCCCCCGCAGCUGCCCGCCGGCCGCACCGCCAAGCCCUUGCUGAUGGUGCACGGCUGGCCCGGCUGCUUCUACGAGUUUUACAACAUCAUCCCGUUCCUGACGGACCCCAAGAGCCACGGCCUGAGCGACGAGCACGUGUUCGAGGUCAUCUGCCCUUCCAUUCCCGGCUACGGCUUCUCCGAGGCGUCCUCCAAGAAGGGCCUGAAUUCCGUGGCCACCGCCAGGAUCUUCUAUAAGCUGAUGCUGCGGCUGGGCUUCCAGGAGUUCUAUGCUCAAGGCGGGGACUGGGGGUCCCUGAUCUGCACCAACAUCGCCCAGCUGGUGCCCAGCCACGUGAAAGGCCUGCACCUGAACAUGGCCUUCGUGGUGAGAAACUUCCACACCCUGACCCUGUUCCUGGGGCCGCGUUUCCGGAAGCUGUUCGGCUACACGGAGAGGGACAUGGAGCUCAUGUCCCCCCUGAAGGAGAAGAUGUUCUACAGCCUCAUCCGGGAGAGCGGCUACAUGCACAUCCAGUGCACCAAGCCGGACACCGUGGGCUGCGCCCUCAAUGACUCCCCCGUGGGACUGGCUGCCUACAUUCUAGAGAAGUUCUCCACCUGGACCAACUCAGACUUCCGAGACCUGGAGGACGGCGGCCUGGAGAGGAAGUUCUCCCUGGACGACCUGCUGACCAUCAUCAUGAUCUACUGGACCACGGGCACCAUCACCUCCUCCCAGCGCUUCUACAAGGAGAACAUGGGCCACAGCUUCCUGAGCGACCGGCACCAGCGGAUGAAGGUCCACGUGCCCACGGGCUUCGCUGCCUUCCCCUGUGAGUUAAUGCACGUCCCAGAGAAGUGGGUGAAGGUCAAGUACCCGAAGCUCGUCUCCUACUCCUACAUGGCCCGCGGCGGCCACUUCGCCGCCUUCGAGGAGCCGGAGCUGCUGGCCCAGGACAUCUGCAAGUUCGUGGGGCUGGUGGAGCGGCAGUGACCUCGGAGCAGCCCCUGCCCUGGGGGCGCUCCCUCGUGGACACCUGUCCCUUUCCUGCAAACACCCCUCCCCUCCGCCGCCCCCCUCCACCGCCACCC